AUGUCUGCGGAGGAGAUACCUGAUGAGCUAUGGAGGAAGAUACUAGAGAUUGGCGUAAAGUCAUCGACUUUCUCUUACAAAGACCUCUGCUGCAUCUCCAUCUCCUCUAGCCGUCUCUGCCGUUUAUCCUCCGAGGAUUCCCUCUGGAACUUUCUGCUCUUCAUUGAUUUCCCCACCCACACCGACUCUUCUUCGUCUUCUCAAUCUCCUACCAAGUAUAUAUACAAGACAAGGUUUGAGAAGGAGAAGGAGAGGAGAUUAGCUUCGCAUAGAAGAGCUUUACUGAGAAAGGAGAGUGAGAUUUCAGAGUGGGGACGGAGGAUUCGUGAAUUGGAGACUCGUUUAUCAGAGGAAGCAGAGAGGUUGCAGGAUGCUUCUGUGGAGUUUUCGAAUUUGCAGAGAGUCAGGCAAGCAUCAGUAGCGUUGAACGUUUGGCAGCCAGAGGUUGUUCGUGGCAGACAAAAACAAAUGGUUGAGCAAAACGCUGUUCCUGUCGAGGGACGGUUGCGUGCGCUUGAGAUGGAGAUUAAGUUAUGCAAACAGCAAAUCACCGGUGUGAAUAGGGCACGUAGGGAGGUGAAACAACGAUUUGACAUGGCUAGGAAAGAGCUGGAAUCGAUGAAGUAUCAUCCUUUACGAGAUUAUAAGUUGAUACGUAGUGGAGACCAAGUGAGUAGUGGCAAGAGGAAGAAGUUGAAAACGAGCAUUAACUCUGGGAUGGCUCCACAGCGGCACUGUUCAUCUUCUGCCACUUCAUUUGGAAGGAUGACUCAGAGCUUCCGUGGAGUUCCUCAAGUUGUGAAUCUUGCCAUGAUAAACGGUGCUGCGGGAGGUGGAGCAGAUACCUUAAGACAAGUUGAAGCAAAGUACCCUGCUCUACUGUUUAAGCAGCAGCUCACAGCUUAUGUUGAAAAGAUAUACGGAAUGAUUCGGGACAACUUGAAGAAGGAUAUUUCUCCACUCAUUGGAUUGUGCAUUCAGGCACCAAGAACAUCUAGGGCGAGUUUAGUGAAAGGAGCAUCUCGUUCUGUUGCCAACACGCCAGCUCAGGAAGCACUGAUCGCCCAUUGGCAAGGAAUUGUGAAGAGCCUUACAAACUUCCUCAAUACUCUGAAAUUAAACAAUGUUCCUUCAUUUUUGGUGCGUAAGGUGUUUACACAGAUAUUCUCAUUCGUCAAUGUUCAACUGUUUAACAGGCUUUUAUCCAGGGAACUCUUUAGCAUCUAA